AAUGCCUCGUUAUUUCAAAAAACAGAAAAAUUGAAUGCCAAGUUGAAUUCUAAAAAUUUUGGUACACUUAGUUUUGGAACAAAAUGGCAGGCCCAUUUUGAGCCCAACUUUUGAAUUACUGGGUCCAUAUAAGAGAAAGCCUAACCCAAUGGUCAUAAUGUUGGAUUGGCGAUGGUUGGUUGGGAGAGUUUAUGGGAUCAGCGAACCCAUACAUGGUGCCAUUGAGAAGCACAAACAAACAAACAAGAGUAGCGCAAAACGACAAAGGCCGGGCACUGACAAAGGCCCAGCUGUGACCAGCCACGCACAAAGUGGGCCCGAACUCUCAGCGUCCUCGUAGAAAACGUGGGACCCGCUAAACGGAAAACCCAAUGACGUGUUAGCCCUGCACUCAAGCUUCUGCCAGACAAGCAGUCACUCAUUCAGUGAGUCACGCACUCUCCGAGCCUCGACAAUCUGACAUAGAGGCGCGUGAAGCACAUACCCCAUAUUGGCACCUAUUGAUCCAGCAAUUGGAGCGUGAUUCAUACACUCCUCCAAAACCCACGUAAAUUCGUCUGCCAACCUCGCCUGUUUCAGAGACACUGAAAAAGGCUGGCGAGAGAGAGAAAAUGGAAAUUGUCAGGAGCUCUGACACGUGCUUUAAUCUCUCUCUCAGUCUCUCUCUCUCUCUCUCUCUCUCUCUCUCUCUCUAAAUAUAUCCAAGCUUAGCUAUGACUUAUGAGAGUGGAAGAGAGAAAGAGAGGGGGUAUGGGUUUUGUAUGUUUGGCGGUUUUGCUUUUAUGGUAGCAAGCAAGCUGCAAAGUUUUGAAGUGUGGGAACAGUGCUCGUCUCUGCAAAUAUUCGGUCCUUCUCUUUCUCUUUGGAUGGGUUGCUUCAGAUCUGCUGGGUGGGUUUUACACAGCUUUAUGGACUUUUCUGUGGUCUAUCUUUCUCAACGUAAUAAAAAACACAAGCACCAAAUAAGCUUUUAAGUGCCUCUUCUACAACCUCUAUGUGACAUUGAAGAUGGACAUUCAAGGAAGUGGAGGUGGUGGACCACAAAAGAACAAUGAUGACAAGCCGUGGUCGGUGGUAAAGAAAGGAGAAAAGGAUAAUCCGGUCAAGGAAGAGUUAUCGCCGUCUAUGACGAAUAUGCGUGGUGUGGGGAAUGGUGGUAGGGUUAAGGCUGUAAUCAAACAGGGGAACUCUGGGUUUACGGCUGCCCAGUUGAAGGAGCUUGAAGGACAAACUCGCAUCCAUAAACAUUUAGUGGCGGGGCUUCCUGUUCCUUUUCAUCUUGUUCUUCCUAUUUGGAAGAGUGUGGCUACGACAUAUGGAACUUCUCAAGGUGCUAUCUAUAAGCACUAUCCUAGCUUUGUAGGAUUCAGUCCUCAGGGGUUUGAUUAUAGGAACAUGAUAGAUCCUGAGCCAGGAAGGUGUAGAAGAACCGAUGGAAAGAAAUGGAGAUGCAGUAGGAAUGUAGUUCCUGAUCAGAAAUACUGUGUGCAACACAUGCACAGAGGCCGGCAACGUUCAAGAAAGCCUGUGGAAGCUCCUGAUAUUGCUUCUCCUUCAAGUGACACUCCGCCAAACAAUUCAAAAGUCGAAUUACGAAGUUCAACUCUCCCAACAUCUGUAGGUCUUCAACUAAUGACCAGGUCCUCUGGUAAUACUGAUAGCUACUAUGGAAGUAAGAAAACAGUUAGCUGCACUAGUGGUGCCAUCUCUCCCAUUGCUGCUAUGGCCACAAACAUCACUACUCCUGCCACUGCAGUGACCACGAAUGCAGCAACCACGACCGCAGCUUUUAUGAGCACCACAAAUAACCAGACAAUUGGGAACAAUGGCAAUGGAAACCAUGCUGGAAACAAUUGGAUUAUCAGAGGAAGUAGCAAUGGUAUCAUUGCAAGCAGAAAUUUAUCACCAGGAUUGGGCUUCUCCACAAAAAGCGUCCUUCGAGUUAUAGGCUGCAGCAACAGCUUAUGUUUUGACAGAAGAAAUGGUAUGGAACUUGAACCAGGCAGGUGUAGAAGAACAGAUGGGAAGAAGUGGCGGUGCAGCAGAAAUGUCAUUCCUGAUCAGAAAUAUUGUGGAAGGCAUAUGCACAGAGGUGCAAAAAAGCGUGUCAAGAUCUUCCAAACAGACACCGAUGCUGCUGCGUCGGCUGCCACCUCCAAUAUUCCUUGGCUUCCUCCAGCAACGGCUAUAACGUGCAGAACUGUUCGUGCAAUUCCGAACACAAAUCUGUCCAUCUCAAUCCCAGGAAGUCCCGAGAAGAGUAAUUCUAGCACUAGCAGUGACACAACAUUAUCAGACACCAGCAUCACUGCUUAUGCAGUCAGUAGUAAUGUUUCAUGAGAUGUUGCCUAUCUUUUUUGAGGUGGAAAUGCAAUAAUCUAGCCUUUUUUUUUUUUUUUUUUUUUUUUUUUUUUAUAAAUUUUGUUAGUAUCAAAGACGCAAAAGUUAAUUUUCUUUUAGCUUAUCCGGAGGCACAUGUUUUAUGGCACAUAUCUGGCAAAAGCUGAGUGUUGAAACUUGAGGUUUGUUAUGCAUGUGUGAAUUUUCCGUUCUCAAAUGUGUAAAGUGCGGCUUAUUCCGCCUCUGUAAACAAUGUUCUAAAAUGUAACAGCUGUUGAUAUCAUGAAAUGAAACACUAACAUAAAUAGACUGGUUUUUUGGAACAAA